AUGGCAAUCGAAGCCUGGCAAGACAAAGCCCUCAAAGCGCAAGAAGCGCGCGAUGCGUCCCUCGCGAAGGUCGAGCCACCACUUAAAGGCCUCCCAAUCGAGGCCGAGCUCCCGUUGAAUUCGCGGAAUCUGCCUCGGGAGGUCCUGACAGAGCGCGAGAUUGAGAUCACCGAGAAACCCGUGUCUGAACUGCUUGCUGUUCUCCGUGAGAGGAGGAUUUCGGUGGAAGAGGUGACUAGGGCGUUUUUGCGACGGGCUGCCGUUGCACAGGUCGCUACAAACUGCCUCACCUCCCUCCUCUGGACCUCCGCCAUAUCCCGCGCAAAGCACCUCGACUCCCUCCCCGAGCCAAAGGGCGCCUUAUUCGGCCUGCCCAUCUCCACAAAAGAACACCACGGCAUGGUCGGCGAAAAUGUGCUCUCCAAUGCAUCCUACGUCUCGUGGAUCGACAAGCCGCACGGCUCGAAUGUGCUCUAUGACACGCUCUGGGACGAAGGCUGUGUGUUCUUUGCGCGCACGACGCAGCCGCAGACGAUCAUGCACCUCGAGACGAAUAGUAAUGUCUACGGGCGCACGGUGAACCCGUAUAAUCGGCUUCUUACGCCCGGUGGGAGUAGUGGGGGUGAGGCGGCGCUGAUUGGGAUGAGGGGGAGUGUGUUGGGGAUUGGAGGCGAUAUAGGAGGGAGUAUCCGGUGUCCGGCGGCGCACUGCGGUAUCUAUGGGCUCAAGCCAACAACGCAGCGCAUCUCCCUUGCCGGCUCCCGCAGCCACUGCGCCGGUAAGGAGACUAUCCUGGCAACAUGUGGCCCUAUGGCGACAGAGCGCGACUCCCUCUCGCUGCUCAUGCAGGUCGCGCUGAGCUCCAAGCCCUGGCGGAUUGAUCCGGGCCUCACGAAUAAGCCCUGGACACCGUAUACAUUGCCCACUGACAGACCGCUCAAGAUCGCGGUGCAGUGGUGGGACGGCGUCGUGCGCCCGCAUCCGCCUAUGAUCCGGGCGUUGAAGGAAGUCUCUGAGGCGUGCAAGAAGGCCGGCAUGGAUGUUGUGGAAUGGGAUUGUACUGGCCUAGACCAUAAGAAGGCGUGGGAGAUCACGGCGGCGCUGUACUGGCCUGAUGGGGGCGAGGAGGUGCUGGGGUUACUGGAGGAGAGCGGGGAGCCGGUCCUCCCGCUGACGGAGUUCAUUAUCUCUGAGCAGAAGAGCGUGCGGAAGAGGGAUAUGCAUGAGUUGUGGAAGCUCUGCGCCGAACGAGACGCCUACCGCGCCUUCUACGCCAACGCCUGGAACAGAACCGCCUCUGAUGGGAAUCAGGAAGUCGACGUGAUUCUCUGCCCGCCGUCCUUUGGCGCCGCAACGCCGCACGACCAGUCGCGGUACUGGGGGUACACGGCGCAGUGGAACCUGCUCGAUUACCCGGGCGUUGUGUUCCCCGUUACGAGCGUUGACCCUGUGAAGGACGGCAAGGUGGAGGGGUAUGAGCCUGUGAACGAAGAGGAUCGGGUUGUGUAUGAGAUGUACAGCCCGGAGAGGUAUAGGGAUGCGCCGGUGUCUUUGCAGAUUGUGGGGAGGAGGGGGUGUGAUGAGAUGGUGCUGGCGGCGUUGGAGGUUGUUGAGAGGGCGAUGGGGAGGGCGUAG